AUGUCCAAUCUACUUACUACCUCCCUCAUCAUUGCCGCCCUACUCUCCUCGAUCCUAGCCUUGGUGUCUUUCUGGCUGCCUCAGAUAAUUCCAGACUACGAGAAACUAUCGCCCUAUGAAUGCGGAUUUGACCCCCUGGGCACAGCCCGCCUGCCCUUCUCCCUCCGCUUUUUCCUUGUCGCGAUCCUCUUUCUACUGUUUGACCUUGAAAUUGCCCUACUGCUCCCCCUCCCGUGGGGGGACCAGCUAACCACCCCAUUGCUAACUUUCUGCUGGGCAUCAGGUGUCUUAAUUUUACUUACUGUGGGAUUAAUCUAUGAAUGAAUACAAGGCGGGCUGGAGU